GCUUCGCUUCGCUCCGUUCUCUCACGGACUCAUAUCAAAUAUUUCCACAAAAACGCAUGGCCCCCAUCACCGCCGACAUGAGUGAGUCCGUGAGCCAGCAUGAUCCUCCGCGCCGGAUGCGUCUUGGCACCAAGUCGUGCGCGGAGUGUCGGCGCCGUAAGAUACGCUGCAUCGUGCCGGAUGGCGCCCAGGUCUGCCACUCUUGCGCGCUUCACGACGUCGCCUGCGCGCCGCAGCAGCCUCGCCCCCGCGACCGGACGCAGGCGGAUCAGGCCGCCGCGCUUCGCAAGAGGGUCGCAGAGCUGGAGAGCGUCAUCGGGCGCUUCCUCGAUAAGGUAGGCGAGGACCCGUCGCUCGCCGUACAGGCUCUGCAGGCCGGAAGCCUUGAGGCAGGGAACGCCGCGGUGUCCCUCCAGAAGAACAAGAACAAGAACAAGAACAAGCAAGCGGGUGGGACGCAGGACGAUGGCGAGAGAUCCUGCUCGGCGGAUACGGGCCACACGGGCCGCUCAGCGUCACCAGGCUUGCCGACGCCCUCGGCUUCGGAUGAAGGAGGUCACCAGCGUAGAAGGAGCCCAGGACACUCAGAGGACGAGGCGGCGGAGAACCCCGCAUACGCGCCGCUGGUACAGCUCUUCCGCGAUGCGCUGCUCAUCCGCGAUCAUGAGGGGUCGGUGCUCGACGAUGACCACGAGCACCAGCCGGCCGUGCAUCACCUCCAAGACGAGCUCAGCCAGCUCCGGCCCGACAUUCCCCAAGAGCACAUCGUCCGGCUCAUGAUGCGGGAGACGACGAUAUACUGGGCCAUGUGGAGCACCUGCUACUCCGACUACGAGUCGCGAGUCCCGUGGCAAGGCUGCCCGCUGGCCGAGGUCGAAGACUACGUCGUGGCGGCCCUCGCGCGGCCGAGAUUCGACUCGACUGCCUGCAAGGCCCUCUCGUGGCUCGCCCUCUGUGUGCAGCAGCUGCCGACGGAGUGGCUGCGGCAGCAUAUGCCUUCCACUCGGCGUCAGCCGCUUCUGGACUCGUACGUCAAGUACACACACGCCGUGCUCUCUCUGCAAGGCGAGGACACGCUCGAUGGGAUCCAGUGUCUGCUUCUCCAGUUCAAGCUGCUCAUCAACAUGGGCCGGCCGCGGCGUGCCUGGUCGUGCGUGCGUCGCGCCAUGACCUCCGCCACCAUCCUCGGCUUCGACCGCCCCAACGACGGGUCCGAAGCCAUGAGGUUGAAGAAGAGCUUGUGGUCGCAGGCUUGUCACUUCGAGCUCAAUCUUUCCAUGGUGCUGGGCUAUCCGUCAGCUACGCUGUCCAUGUAUCCCAAACCCGGUGACAUUCAGCCCCUGGGGCCGCUCGGGGCCCUUGCGCAGGCCAUCCUCCAUCGCAUGGUCCGCAUCAUCGGAGCGAUUGUCAAACGCGACCAAGACUGUGACGCCGCUUCGUACGAGACUACGCUUCAGAUCGACCGGGAACUCGAGGAGGCCAGGGGGUUGUUCCCUCAGGCCUGGUGGGGGCAACACUCGCCCGGUGCGAGCCUCAGCCAAAUCUACCAGCAGGAGAUCUCGAAGCUGCUCUUCUUUUCGCUCUUCAAGAUCGCGCACUCACCAUACAUGCUAAAGUCGACCACGGACGCGCGAUACGAGCUCAGUCGCGUGAGGGCCAUGGAGGGCUCGCGAGAGGUCAUCCGCACGUACUUGCGCCUGCGCAACUACCCCGGCGCCGAACUCAUCAUCUGCGACCUCAUGGACUUUCAAGGCUUCAGCGCCGGCCUCACCCUCGUCGUUGGUGCGCUGUCCCGACACUGCGCCACGGGCGAGCCGUUUGAAGCCUUCUCCGAGGACUGGAGCCUGAUGGAGGGCCUCAUCAUGAGCCUCAGGCGCACGGCGGACCUCCUCGACUGCCGCGUCGCGGAGCAGAGCGCCAAGGUGCUCGAGCUGCUCUCCUCGGGCCACGAUGGCAGAGAUGGCGACAUUGAGGCCGUGGUCCCCUACUUUGGGAGGAUGCGCAUCCGCAAGCCGGCGCCGAGGACGGCCCAGUCCGUCAGCGCAAUGUCCUCGGGCACGCAGCCCAACGUUUUGCUCGGCUAUCACACGCGUCCGCCGAGCGCCAUUGAAGUGAGCGCUUGCGAGUGGCCCACGAUGCUACCAAUGGAGAUUAUCGACGAUGACGAGUUGAGGGGGGACUGGUUUGCCGUCACGGAGAAUGGAGGCCAGUACAGCUGGCACCAGACACUGAGUACAUUUGCCAUCUCGUAGCCUUGUACUUCGUAGGUAUAUGUGGAAAGCUGUCUUGCACGUAAUAGAUACCCCACUCAAAGGCUCGUCCGAAAUUUG